AGACGGAGCUGGCAUCGAGCGGCUAUACUGGGGGGAAAGCUGGAACACGGCGGAGAAAAGCAGCCAUUUACACCCCAAAUACCAGCGGGUCCCUGUCGCAAUUGUGUAGGCGUAACCGAAGAGAGGCUGCCCGGGCGGGUCGUGCGGGCUGAGGGUUAAAUUUAGCAGCGACUUGGCAGAGGGAUAACGCUCUGUUUUUCCACCGACCAACUCCCCAGAUGAACUCCGUCAGAGCCACCAACCGGAGACCCAGGCGAGUGUCGAGGCCGCGCCCGGUGCAGCCCGAACGGAAUAACGGGGAUAGAGAUGAGGAGGCUCCUGCAGCAGCCGCAGCAGAGAUGGCCAUCGAGGAGUCCGGUCCAGGAGCACAGAACAGUCCCUACCAGCUUAGACGCAAGACCCUGCUCCCCAAGAGGAGCGCCGCCGCUGCUGCUGCCGCCGCCUCCUCCACGGCCACCGCCGCCGGAGUCUGCCCCAGCAAGAACCCGAUGGAGGGAGCGUCCACGUCCUCGGCAGAAGCUUUUGGCCACCGAGCCAAGCGAGCGCGCGUGUCUGGUAAGAGCCACGACUUGCCAGCAGCCCCAGCAGAGCAGUAUCUGCAGCAGAAGCUUCCAGAUGAAGUCGUCUUGAAGAUCUUCUCCUACCUACUGGAGCAGGAUCUCUGCCGGGCGGCGUGCGUCUGCAAGAGGUUCAGCCAGCUCGCUAACGACCCCAUACUAUGGAAGCGCCUAUACAUGGAAGUGUUUGAGUACACGCGUCCCAUGAUGCACCCGGAGCCCGGCCGGUUCUACCAGGUCAGCCCAGAGGAGCACGAACACCCCAACCCCUGGAAGGAGAGCUUUCAACAGCUGUACAAAGGUGCGCAUGUGAAGCCAGGCUUUGCAGAGCAUUUCUACAGUAACCCCGGCAGGUACAAGGGCAGAGAGAACAUGCUGUAUUACGACACCAUUGAAGACGCACUUGGCGGCGUCCAAGAGGCUCACUUUGAAGGUCUAAUCUUUGUCCACUCUGGCAUCUACACGGACGAGUGGAUCUAUAUUGAGUCUCCCAUCACUAUGAUUGGUGCAGCGCCUGGUAAAGUGGCAGACAAAGUGGUGAUAGAGAACACAAGGGAUUCAACGUUUGUCUUCAUGGAGGGUUCAGAGGAUGCUUACGUGGGGUACAUGACUAUCAAGUUCAAUCCCGACGACAAGUCAGCGCAGCACCACAACGCCCACCACUGUCUGGAGAUCACCGUCAACUGCAGCCCCAACAUCGACCACUGCAUCAUACGCUCCACGUGCACAGUGGGUUCGGCCGUGUGUGUGAGUGGCCAGGGAGCGUGCCCCACCAUCAAGCACUGCAACAUCAGCGACUGCGAGAACGUGGGGCUGUACAUCACGGACCACGCCCAGGGCAUUUAUGAAGACAAUGAAAUCAGCAACAAUGCGUUGGCGGGGAUUUGGGUGAAGAACCACGGCAACCCUAUCAUCAGGCGGAACCACAUCCACCACGGGAGGGACGUGGGCGUGUUCACGUUUGACCACGGCAUGGGCUACUUUGAGAACUGCAACAUCCACAGAAACCGCAUCGCCGGCUUCGAGGUGAAGGCGUACGCCAACCCCACGGUGGUGCGUUGCGAGAUCCACCACGGCCAAACGGGCGGUAUCUACGUGCACGAGAAGGGGCGGGGCCAGUUUAUAGAGAACAAAAUCUACGCAAAUAACUUCGCUGGUGUGUGGAUCACGUCUAACAGCGACCCCACGAUACGGGGAAACGCCAUCUUCAACGGGAACCAAGGGGGUGUGUACAUAUUUGGAGACGGGCGGGGUUUAAUAGAGAGCAAUGACAUCUACGGGAACGCCCUCGCGGGGAUACAGAUCCGAACCAACAGCUGCCCCAUCGUACGGCACAACAAGAUUCACGACGGCCAGCACGGCGGUAUCUACGUGCACGAGAAAGGCCAAGGGGUGAUCGAGGAGAACGAGGUGUACAGCAACACGCUGGCCGGUGUUUGGGUCACCACAGGAAGUACCCCUGUCCUACGCAAGAACCGCAUCCACAGCGGCAAGCAGGUGGGCGUGUAUUUCUACGACAACGGCCAUGGCGUCCUGGAGGAUAACGACAUCUACAAUCACAUGUACUCGGGCGUACAAAUAAGGACGGGCAGCAACCCAAAGAUCCGGCGUAACAAGAUAUGGGGAGGACAAAAUGGCGGCAUUCUGGUCUACAACUCAGGUCUGGGCUUCAUCGAGGACAACGAGAUCUUCGACAACGCUAUGGCGGGUGUGUGGAUCAAGACCGACAGCAACCCCACGCUGCGGCGCAACAAGAUCCACGACGGGCGUGACGGGGGCAUCUGCAUCUUUAACGGAGGCCGAGGCCUGCUGGAGGAGAACGACAUCUUCAGGAAUGCUCAGGCGGGGGUCCUGAUCAGCACCAACAGCCACCCCAUCCUCCGCAAGAACCGCAUCUUUGAUGGCUUUGCUGCGGGUAUCGAAAUCACCAACCACGCCACGGCCACCCUGGAGGGCAACCAGAUCUUCAACAACCGCUUUGGAGGUCUUUUUCUGGCAUCAGGCGUCAACGUCACCAUGAAAGACAAUAAGAUCUCCAACAACCAGGAUGCCAUCGAGAAGGCGGUGAGUCGAGGACAGUGCCUGUACAAGAUCUCCAGCUACACCAGCUACCCCAUGCACGACUUCUACCGGUGUCACACCUGCAACACAACCGAUAGGAACGCCAUCUGCGUCAACUGCAUCAAGAAAUGCCACCAAGGACACGACGUGGAGUUUAUACGGCACGAUCGUUUUUUCUGUGACUGUGGCGCGGGAACGUUGUCCAACCCAUGCACGCUGGCCGGGGAGCCCACUCACGACACGGACACUCUGUACGACUCGGCGCCGCCCAUAGAGUCCAACACGCUGCAGCAUAACUGAAGCCCCCCCGCCCCCUGCCCAAUGGACACCGCCCUCCUUCCUCGGCUGGUGUCAUGUCGUCUCACACGAACGCGAUGCACACACAAACAUAAGGCCACGCCCUCAUUACGCCACCUAUACCCCCCCCCCCCCCCCCCCACACACACACACACACAAGAGACGCUCUUGAAGAAGGCGCUCUGGCAUAAGAUGAAGGCUGCAGUACAGCUAAGACUCCACCAGGGGGAGCACAGACUUGGAGAGCAACCUCCACCUCCUUUACUUCCUGCUUCCUCCUGUGGCUGCCAUGGCAACAGAUGGCGGAUAUUUGUGAAAGGUGUGUUGGUGUGUGAGAUGGAGCACUUCGGCAUUUUUUAAAAAGAAAAGAUAACGUUCUGAUCAAUGGAUUUUAUUUCAAUGCUUUAUCAUGUAGUUUUGUAUUUUCAAGCAAAAAGCUGACUGUAUUUGAAUGUCUUUUAUUUUAUUAUAUAUUAUAAUUAUUUCUUUGUUAGCGUUCCUGACCCCCCCGAACCCCACCCCCCCACCCCAACCCCCCCAAAAGGGCUGCAGGUGCUCUUGUGAGCCAGAAGUGAAGUUCUUUCUGUGAAAGAGAAUGUCGUUUAAACACUAAACAAACCCUCUCUGCUCGUUUGGACUUGACUGGCAGGUGGACUGACUCCACCCACUGUUGUGUGUGUGUGUGUGUGUGUGUGUGUGUGUGUGUGUACAAUUUUAUGCAGUCAGUGUUUAGCAGAGAGGGUUCCAAUAGGACCCAUCCGAGCUCCUUUUCGAACUGGACCACAAGAGUUACCUGCAGACCCCCCCAUACCCCCCCCCCCC